CCACAACAUUUGCAGUUUGAGUAGUUCGACGUUUCGCUGGUAAUUACAUCCAGCAUCAUCGGGCAAUUCGCCAGAGUGAGAAAAUGCUGUCGUGGCUUUACUGUGACUACACACAGCCGCUGUUCCCAGUAACGAAUUGGCACGUUCUGUUCACGUGACAAACCUCACUAAUUGUCUGUGUCGGGUGGUGGCGGGUUUUAACGACACAUUUAUAUUUACACGAUCUACCCCAAACACGCCUGCUCUAGUGUGGAUAAUAUUGGUGGCGAACGCCUCCUACGACUCAUGCGCGUCCGACCGAUCGUCGGCCUGUGAUUGUGUGUGGAGGGUGGCGCCCAAACACAACUACUCAACGUGUUUACUUUUAGGGCAGUGUUGACGAAUGUGUUGAGUUUUUUGUGCAAACAUUAAGUUACCGCAACUAAGCGGACUGCCUUGUCAAUAUAAUUGUACAAGGCAAGGUUUAGUAACAUGAACAAUAAGACAUCUUGCGGGACUGUACCCUAAUAAGCCUCGCUGGGAAUAUUUGUCCGAAUCCGCUGAUGAAUGUUUGGCGUGUGGGGAGUUUGGCAACAGCACUUUUAGUGAAUAUUUAAGAAUUCAUGGCCGUGCUGCCAUUCUGUGGCCACCUUGCUGGCCAAGCCGACAACACCGUGGGACUCCCAGGCAGCCUCGCAUCCAAACACGAACCGGCCUCAAGGCUGUUCAUCUUUUAACAAUAACAUUAGUGCGUUUGGUAGUCGCAUGAUUAUUAUAAUGCUAGGCUAUCGUGCAGGCGCUCUGUUACACAGACACGGUGUGCAGCAUUCCUAGUCGUGGGUGAUUGUUGCUACGUGUAAUGUGAUGGUUGCUACGUGUCAUUCCAACCGAGUAAUUUGAAUGCAAUUUUUCGAAUGUAGACAAUGUUUUACCAUCAUGCCAGCACAAUGACUUCGGGGAAUAUUUAACGUCCACUAGCACAGUCGGCUACGUACGGUGGGAAAGAAAUUCAACAUACAUACGUACCGUGAAGCAGACGGCGCGUAUUUUACGGUUAAUACACUUGCAGUAAUAACCAGGGCGGCCUGCUGUAUUAGAACCGCGAUCGUCUGCAUCAAACGGCGCACGUGCUACUCGGCGGGGCCACGUGACCGCCCACAUCUGACGAGAUCGUGCACCAUUCCAGGGUGAUGUUGAUCAUCGGUGAUUGAAUUAUGAAUCAACAUCGAUCGGCUACCGCCACGUGAUACAUACUUGCAGCCCGAACUGUUCACGCAAAGGGGUUCUCAUCUGCGGCUCCAAACGUGUGGAGUCACCACCACACAUGACGCGCGAGCAGAAUGUAUAAGUGAGCAAAUGUUUACGGGUCUCCAUCACGCUUCUGGCAAAAAUCCCACCGCUGUCUCCAUCCCGAACGAUCUGGCAAGCAAAUCGCCUGCCGAGUGUUGCUGCCUAGGCCCUCCGAUGCGUCUGCCCGCCUUACCGUGCGUGGUUCGGCACGUCCGACGUUUCGCGCCACGUGCUUGGGAGAUUCUUUCGGGAAACUAAUCGGAACCGAAUUAAGCAUAUGGAGGAUACUGGCCAGUUCAUGGAAGUACAGGGUACGCAGCUCACAAUAGAAGCAUUGCAGAUGCACUCAGGCACAGGCCGUUGUGUGCGGCUUCGUGAUGGGUAACUGCGUUGUAAGGCCAGGAUCCAGAUGGUGGGAGACUGUAAGAGCAGACCUUGAAGGUCUAUGGGAUGUAAGAGCAAGAAAGACGCCUUGGCAACAUGUGGUGGCAUCAGCGGCAUUGACCACGAUGACCUCUUGACCUUCGCUGCUGUACCUAAAUGUUGAAUUUCUUUCGCACGGCAUGCAGCUAACCGUGCUAAUCCUAUUCCUGUUAGGGCCGCGCAUGAUAUCUGAUGUCGUCGCCCGGCCUUUCUGAGAUUCCCAGAAGUCAAGUUGAGUGUUGUUCUCUGUGGUGGCGACUUCAACAUUUACUCUGCAGUGGGGGGUGGGUGUGUGUGCCCUCUGUGGAGAGAAUCACGUGCUAGGUGUGUGUGCGUGCCUAUAUAUAUAGAGGGCGGUGCUGGGAUGCUGUGAUUGUGAAAACGCGCCACAUACUCAGCCAACCUGCUAGAGAGAGACUGUGUUUCAUUUAAACGGUAACUGGUCUUUGGAAGAAGAAGAAUAAGAAGAUGCUACUUUGUUUUUAAUUUGUCACAAACUUACCGUUGUUAUUGUUUUAACCCGCUAGUUGAGUGCGACAGACGGCGGCGGGGAGCGGUGCGUGUGUUCUCAUGGUGAAGGACGCUGGGAGCCCGGUUCCUCUUCCUCCGAGGGGGACGGCUCCUGCAGUCCACCCCAGUCCAAUACCCACCAACAACCACAAGGCCAGGGAGCAUGGCUCGCCCAAGCCUGCCCAGGCGUCGCCCGUAGCCGUGCCAGGCAGCCGCAGGAAGGCACCGAUGCCGGCCGCGCAGCGCGAAUCCCCUCCUGGCCACGCCACCGCCGCCGCCACCGCCGCGAUCCCCGGCCACGCCGUGCUCCCUCGCGGCUCCGUGGCGCCUUUCAGCCUGCGCGGCCUCAUCACCGCCCGCCGCUUCACCAGGAACCUCAAGGCGAAGACGGCGCAGAGGAUCGCAGAGAGGAAGCAGAUGGAGGGGCGAUCAGGCACUGGCGACCAUGGGGCAGAGGGUGGCUCGGCUGGGGCCGGCCACGAAAGCUUUCCCGUGGAGCGCCUGGAGCGCCUGCUGGAGGAGACGCUGACUCGGCACCUGGGGGAGGGGGAGGCGCUCGACGCUGCCGCCUGCGCUCGCCUCGCGCCGCUGCUCAGCGAGGAGAUCAAGGCUCGUGCCAAGGAGCAGACCCCCACGCGCUACAAGCUGAUCGUGAGCGUGACGCUGGGCAGCUGGGAGCGCGAGCAGGUGGUGGUGGCGAGCCGCUGCCUCUGGGACCCGGCCGCCGACGCCUUCGCCUCCCACCACUACCGCCGAGGGGCGCGCUUCUGCGUCGCGACCAUCUUCGGCGUUUACUACGAGUGAUGGCCGUCGGGGUCGUCUCCCUGCCACCCCGGUCUCGAAACGAAAUCCCCGUCGCCGCGGCCGUCACGUCCGUGACGUGCGCCGGUGCGUGGGAUUUACCGAUCCGUGCACCCCCCCUCCCUACUUUGCGUGACAUCAUCGGCCGUAAAUCGCGGUGUCGGCGUGGUCGCGGACGACGCCGCAUGUGUCAGGGCGGUGAGCCCGCAACAUUGUGGAGGGUCUGCGACCGGGUCUCGGGCUAUCUGUCAACAGACCGAGAGUCUGCUCUGUCAUCUUGUUUGAAACACAUACGCGCGUGCGUAUAAAAAACAUCUUCUCCUUUAGUCUGAUCCAACUGCAGGGAUAAAUAGGAACCUGCAAAAUCCAACACAGAACCUGAGGGGGUGGAGAGAUCAAAAUCGGCCACGGUCUCUCCACAGCUGAUCUCGACACGACGCUGAAGAGGCACUUUUUUCAUGUGGUUCAACUAAGGGGAGGCCUUGCUUAGGCUGAGUUAUGAAUUCCUGUUGUGAGCGUGGGCGGGAAGGCCAAUUCCUGGCUGCCUCGAGUUGUUGGUCAUCUCAAUAACCACCAGGCCACCGCUCUUCACGCUGUGAAACCAGCACUUACAUCAUGAUGACAAGAUCCAUCGAUUAAAAUAUAUCCCUGUGCUUCUGUUGCACGGCAUAGAAAUAUUCACAAUUCGUGAAAUUUGCAUUUGAAUGCAAAUGAUAGGUUGAGUUAAGAUUGAGGCCAAUGACACGAAUGAAACAGAACAAACAUGACAGAUCAAGAGAAUUGCGUUCUCAAAUCGUGACAAUUCAUCAGAUCAUGGUGGGGGCUAGGGGAGAGAGGGUGGAAUUGUUUACACCCCUGAUGCCCACAAUGCCAACACUGGCUCUGGCCCAUCGGUAGCUCUCGGCCAGGGUCUCGUGAGCACUGCCUGACCCCGACUGUGAGCCCAUACGGUGGGAUGCACCGUCCUGGACCCGCUGCUAGAUGAAGGUUACCUCCUGGACAUCUGUGAAAGUAUACAUGUUCUGUUUCUGAAGGUGUUUCAGAGCUCUUGGCAUUUGGCCUCUCGGUGGCCAUCAAGAGAAUCGAAUCGGGCAAAACGGAAGUAGCUUUAUUUUCCGUCUGACCUCAAGCGUCAUCCAAACGGGACAUUUUGCUGUGGGUUCGGCUACCCGAGUUUGAUUCCUGCCCACAGCUGACGUCAGUAGCGGGAGAUAUUGGAACUGAUCCCGGGUUUCCCCUUUCACACAUUAGCCAGUGAGGUGAAGUGCAGACAAACAACCUCCGUGACUGAUACAGCAUGGGGAGACUUUAGUCCACACUCGAUUGACAUAGGGCUGCGAAUUAUUCAACCAUUCACGACAAUUUAGAGCGUUAUGACAAUGGUUAUAAACAGGUGGGACAUCUGCCACCAGUAAUUCAGCAGCCAGAACCAACGCACCGCUGCUUAAGAGAGCAGGCUUGAUAUUCUUCAUCAUCAUCAUCAAAAUUUACCGCCCGAUACUACUGCGCGAAUAACUGAGCUCAGAGGGCCUUGUCCUUCAUCCAGGUAUGUUCAAGAGGCUUCCACGAGCUGCACUUAUAGGAAAACCCACCAGGGUCAAGGCUUAGAGCAGGGGGCAUCAAAGGGUGUCACGUGGAGUGUGAGAGUCACUUGAACAAUGGGGGCUCUCUCGCCCCUCGACAGUCACCUGGACCCAACGAUCUGCGUCACUCCUGAGAGAGUGUGUAAUCUGGUCGCUCAGCUGCCCGUUGCAGGUCGGCCUCACAAUUCAACCUGAGCACGCGACGCCUCUUGAUCAUCUCCAGCGUCUCUCGAGAACAAAUAUCUUGCUCGCCUCGGGCUUUGGCUCUGGGGCAGAGAUUCGUUUUUUGUUCUUAAGCACCAAACAGGACCUUCAAAUACCUUUCGUGGGCCACACAUUAACACACACCUCAGACGUGGCCGAGCGAUUUACAUGAGAAGCAAUGUUGUUCCCAGAUAGAACAUAUUCUCCUCUCGUACCCGAUUACUGCGCCCAAAGUUUUUGCAGUGAUGGAUGUCAUUUGCAGGCCAUUGUGAAGAGGUGCGUCUCAUGUGGCUGCGAGCCAAAUUAAAUGUGCGCACGUUGAAAUCAUUUUCGCACCGUACGUAGCCAACCGUGCUAAUCGGAGGUGCGUUGGAAGGACAACAACCUAAACACAAAACGCAGUUCUAAAGAAAUUAGUUUUCACUCUAGAUUUCAAAGUGCAAAGCUCCAGUUGCUUCUACAUACCGGAAGGAAGAGCGUUCCACAUGGCUGCAAGAGCAGUGCAUCUGAAAGGCGCGCGACGCGGUGACCACCGUCUUUGUUCGAUGGUUAUCCUGUGGCCAAAUCUGGACGUGCUCUUAGGUGUGAACUGGCAGCUUUGAGUGCGUCUCGAUUGAAGACCUCCGAUGUAUUUUGAAAUGUCCUCCACUUAACUCCAUUCGACAUGUUGUUCAAACAUAUUUACAUGACGAUAACUUUAUGCAAUAGAGUAAAAUGCUUAAAAUGAAAUAAUCGUUUCCAUUUCGUAUCGACACGUGUUUUGCUCGAAGAGGUAUUGGAAAUGUGGCGGCAGUCAUAUGCCAUCAAUGUGAAGACUCCUGUGGAUGGUGGCAUUGUUAUAAAGAAAUAAUAAUAAUUUAUCCAUACUAUUUAACUAAACUUU